GCGGGCGGUACUGCGGAAACGGACCUGGAAGUUGCCGCCGCGCAUGGUGCCCGGCCCGCCAAGACCGGACCCCUCGUCCAGCUAACGGUACCGCCACGUCCGGCGCGCCGCUCGAGAAAGCCCCGACCUGAUGGCACGAAGAGCCCCUCAGUCGCAGCGUGCGCCCCCCGCCUGCGCAAUGGUCCGGCCGGCUUCCGGGCCGCGGUCGUGCGGCGAUGGAGGUGAUUCGUCAGAGGCGGCAGGCCCUCUCUCUGUCGCUCGCCGGCGGGGCAGUGCCGACUCGCCGUCCGGCACAGUCGCCUGCUUCCCCGGCCGCCGCAGGACCCGGCUCGGCAUGGCGUCUGGGACCCCGCUGCGCCUGUACUCGGCCUGUGGUCGCCGGCUGGCCGGCCCAGCGCUGCGGCUGGUCGGGUUGGGCCGGGAGCUGGUCAGCCUGGUGGGCUGCAUGAACUACCGCCGGGCGCUGGUCGUGCUGGCCCGCUCGGCGGUGGUCAGCGGCCUGCUGGCGGCGGCGGCCGGCGCCGGCCCGCUGCUGGCGCUGGUGCUGCUGCUGGUGCUGCUGCUGGUGCUGGUGCUGGGCGCGGCGGCCGGCUGGCGCUGGCCCGGCCCGCUGGAGCGGCUGCGGCGGUGGCUGUGCGCUCCGGCCAGUGCUGCUGACACGGACCUCCCCAGGAAUGGAGACUCGACUCUGCUGCGGCCACUGGGUUUCAUGGAGAGUGGCGUAGCCACGGCUCACACCUACGGCUCGUCCAACAUCGUCUACGCCCUGAGGAUGCACGGCCGGCAACCGGUGCAAGGAGACGACGUCCUCCGGGCGCUCACCAUCAUACAAAGUCGCAUCCAGAACCUGCGGCUGUGCAUCAGGGAGGCGUACGGCCGGCGCUACUUUGCCGAGAUGCACCGGCCGCGAGUGCUGUUCACCGUGCGGGAGGCCGACGACUGGAUGCAAGAGUACGAGAGCCAGCUGCAGGCCGUGUUCGACACGGCGCACGGCCCGCUCUGGUCAGCCUCACUGCUCACCCUGCCCGGCGUCAACAACGCCAACAGCGAGUCGCACGACGCCAACGAGCCGGGCCGAGAGCCGCGCCCCUACCCCUUCGUCGCCAUGCUGGUGCUCACCUUCUGUCACGCCAUCAGUGAUGGAUCGUCAAACGCCGUGUUCUGCAACCAGUUCCUGGACGUGCUGAACAAGGUGGUGGACAAGGCGGAGAUCCCCGAGGUGCCGCAGAUCAUGCUGCGGGAGCCGCUGGAGGACAUGCCGCUGGGGAAGGAGAAGCAGUACACGCCGUCCGACGUCGUCAGCCUGGCGUCACACCUCUGGGACCUGGUGUUCGCGCCCCGGAACCACUACCUGGCCACGCACCCGCCGCCGGCCGGCUGUAAGGAGAUCCGGAUGCGGACCUACUCGCUGGUGCUGAGUGCCGAGCAGACGCGCAGUGUCACCGACAGGUGUAAGGCCGAGGGCGUCACUGUGCACGCCGCGUUCACGGUGGCAGCCUCGCUGGCGCUGCACGAGCUGAUCCGGAGGCGGCAGCCAGAGCUCAGUCAGCUGCGGGUGCGCAGCGGCCACGUGGUCAACUUCCGGCGCUUCCUGCAGAAGCAGCACCAGGACGCCUACGGCUGCUACAUGGGCUUCUUCGAGGCGAGCGUGCCGUCGAGCCCGGACGGCCGGUCCCGGUUCUGGGAGCUGGCGCGCGACACAGUGCAGAGCAUGAAGCACCGUCUGGACACGGAGAUGCAGCCGGUGACGUACAGCCGCCUCCUGAAGACGUUCAUCAGCACCGACCUCUGGGUUCACCGGCAGCACACCAAGGAGAUGCCGCACGUCUCGCACUACUUUGGCACCUCCAACAUGGGCAACCUUGACCGGCUGUUCGACGCCACCGGGAAGCACGUCGAGGUCACGCAGCUGGUGCGCACGACCAACAUCGGACACGACCUGGGCAUGGUGUUCGCGCACAUGUUCCACACGCUGCGCGGGCGGCUCAUGUACAACCUCGACUACCUGGUGGCGGCGAUCGCCGAGCCGCAGGCGCGCGAGUACGCCGAGAAGACGCUGGAGGUGCUCACCACGGCCGCCGCCGCGCCGGUCGGCGCCGAGUGAGCCGGGAGCGCUCCGGAGGCGGAGAUCCGGAGUCCGGAGGUCCGGAGAGUCGCCGGGCGCUGCUCCGGAGGUGGAUGUUGAGGUUCUGCUGGGCGCCAGAAGCUCCAGAGAUGCUCGGGACGGGAUGGAUGAAUAGGCUCUCGCCAAGAGAAUGGAAGAGGCGAGCAUUGAUGGCUAGAGAGGAGCGUCCGACCUACCGCCCGUGGAGUACGGGGGAGACGUUUGAGCCUCAACAAUCCGAAUAUCCUGACAUCAAGUAGUUCGGACAUCACAGAAACGGUCCCGGACCCCGAGCAAUUUCCACCCCGGAGUUCAGCGCCCAAGACGGACGAAUGCGCGUGUUUUCAGGACAGAGCACGUGCUCACCGAGCCAGUGAAAGAGAGUGACACCGUUAACCAGGACAGGCACGGGCAUCACAUGUAGCGUUUAGGUGGGCGGCGCGGGGCGCGCGGAUCGCGCCCGCUAUGGUCGCGUGUUGCGGCGGGCUGAGUGUAUCGCGCGGUCCAUCCCAGCGGGGCUGGGCUUCUAUAUGCUCAUGGAGCUCCGCAAGCUCUGCUUUUAAUGCGAUCCGUCGUAUGUCUUCACUUUGUGCCCCUGAAUCGGUGACGUUGAAUUUGCAUUCACUUAUGGUUGUGACUUGUGACUUAGCGUGUAAUCCUGUGUGCACAGCUCUGUUUUUGGGAAAAUGCUGUCAUGAGUGUACCGGUUCGGGGUGGGGAAAAAGCUGGUCUGUCAUUCUCUGGACGAGUUACGUUUGAUGAGGUAGUGGUAAUAUGUUAGCGUGCACUGGCUGCAGGCGUGUUUGAUGCACAUUUUGAGGGUGGUCGGGGUUAAAUACGUUUGUAAAUCGUGUGUAUUGUGUACGCAUGUCAAGGAAGGUAAUUGCUCGCUCUUCCGGUAAAUGAUUGUAUACUUGAAGUGUUCGUUUUUUUUCUUUUCGAUCCACAACGAGCACAUCGGACGAGUGCGCAACAAUACCUCCCGAGUUACGCUGCUAAGGUACCUUUCUACCUCGCAAAACAAGAAAAUUAACUGUUCAGGUUCCGUUCACAUUGCGAUAAUGGCAAAAUAUCAAGUACCUAUGUAUGUAUCUAGUUACCUGGCGUAAAAUUUGACCGAAAUACCCCACGACAUUGAACUGUUUGUUGUGCCUUCGGCGAUGUUUCUUCAAAGGUUGUUGUCCGUUAGGCAGUUACGUGCACUUUGAAAUGAUCCAAAGCCCAGUUCUACGAUGUUAUGAUUAAAAUGCACAUAAGCGCACACUGUGAACUAGGCAAUAUGCAUUUACUGUUCAGUGUUCUGGGUGAAAAUACACGUAUUUAUAA